CAAAAGUUGCUGCCGCAGAAAGCAGCACGAAAAGCAUCGGGGGACCCCUCCAAAAUAAUCAAAAUACCGGUGGUGUAUCACUUCGCCAAAAUGAUGUUUUCUUGAAUUCCCUCUCUGUUGAAUACCUGCGGACAUGGUGAGGAGAGUGUAUCCCAUGUUGCAGUAGUGGAAGUGUGACAUGCUGGCCUGUCUGCCAGCAUCAGGUUAUCCUGUCAACCGACUUCUCUCCCACACGCAGAUGAACACUGGACUUCAAAAAUGGGAAACUACACAGAAGAUGAGAUCUGUCAAGUAUCCUACCCCAGCGGAAUUGGAUGCCUAUGCUAAGAAAGUCGCUAACAAUCCACUGACCAUCAAGAUCUUCCCAAACAGCGUCAAAGUACCUCAGAGGAAGCACAUUCGCCGCACAGUUAACGGGCUUGACACCUCCACCAGUAGCCAGCGUCACAGCCCUUACCAGUCUCAGGUCGGCGCCAAAGCGGGCCUCCUGGCCGUUCUCCGAGUGCCCGCCAAAAGCAUUGUCAAAGAAGUGGACGGUACCCGUGCCCGUCUGCUCUCCAAAUCCACCAUGAACCCUCACAGUGGGCAGUAUGUCACUCAGAGCACUUUAAACCUCCCACAGCCUGUCCCCCACUUGCAGGGUCUGUCUCAACCUCAGGUCAUGGCUGCUCAGAAACCGGGACUCCCUCACCCACAGGCUUUCCAGCAGCAACAGAGGAUGGCUCGCCCAAUUACUUUACAACAGCCGCAAACUAUGUCCCACCAUCCAACUCUACAGCAGAGGAACAUGGCGCACCCACAAGUUUUACAGCGGCAACAGAGCUUGUCCCAGCUGCAAACCUUACAGCAACAGCAAGGCCUGGCCCAUCCACAAACCUUACAGCAACAACAAAGCCUGGCCCAUCCACAAACCUUACAGCAACAGCAAUGCCUGGCCCAUCCACAAAGCAUACAACGGCAACAGAGCUUGCCCCACACCCAGACUCUACAGAAACAGCAAAGUCAGCCUCGGCCACAGACCCUGCAGCAGCAUCAUAUCACUCAUCCACAGACCUUGCAACAACAUCAGACACUUCCUGAUCAGCUAGCUCUGCUGCAGCAACAAGGAGUGGCCCCGAGCAUGAGGCAUAUGUCUGACGCAGCCCAGCAGCCUAGCCUGCCAAACUCCCAGGUCCUUCCGCCGUCACAGUCCCUCCCUCAGGCUGCCAGCGCAGGACCUGCCCCUAACGCCCUGCCUCAGCAGCAGCCUCUGCCUGGCCCCUACGGACCCAGGAAGCUGCCAGACGCUGACGCCCCACCAAACGUUACCGUAUCUACCUCCACCAUACCACUGUCCAUGGCAGCCAGUCUGCACCAGAACAGGCCAAGUGACUUGAGCAGCAUUGUGCUCCAGAUUAAUCAGUUUUGUCAGGCACGGGCCAGUGUGGGCGGCACUUCGGUGUGCGAGGGCCAGAUCGCAAACCCAAGCCCUAUCAGCCGUAACCUGCUCAUCAGCGCCAGCUCCAGGGUGUCCACGCACAAUCCCGCACUGGGCCCCUUACCUUCCUGCCUGUUGGGUGGUCUCCCAGACACCGCCCCUCCUCAUGCCCCUGCCACUGUUGUCCUACCACAGCCUAACAUGGCCGCUAUGAACAGGAUGCCUGCUUUCCACUCAGACAUUGAACAUAAACAACUACAGCAGCAGUUACAACAGCAACUGCAGCAGCAGCAGUUACAACAACAACAACAACAGCAGCAGCAGUUACAACAACAACAGCAGCAGUUGCAACAACAGCAGCACCAGCGCUCCUGGAACCAACACCAACUGGCUCACAUGCAGCGUGCUCCAGAGGGGGCUCACCCUUGCAAGAACCCUAGGAUAGAGGCUCCCACAGGACCUGGUUUCCCAACCAAGAACCUCAGCUACCCUCACAAGCUGUGUGCGUCUCAGUCGUUCCCUCUAAGACACAGUACAGACAAACCAACAUCCUCGCCCCCUGUCAAGCUCCCUGACAUGCCCUUCACCAACGGGCACUACAUGCAGCCCCCCUGGAGUGGGGUCCUGCCGGGCCCGAACAACAAUGGUUCAGGUCCUCAAGACCUCCCCCAUGGUUUCCAGGGAGCGCAAGCAGCACCUGCCUUGGACUGCACACCUGGGCCACAAUUCAGGGGUGCCCCCCCUGCCCAGAUCAAGCUGAUGCAAAAUGUGGAGUACCUUGGCGGGGAGUUCCAGGCCCCCUGCUUCCGUGAGCAGAACCUGGGUGUGACAGGCAAGAUGCAUAGGCCUCCGAUGGGUAGGGCCGCUGAGCCUAGCAACGGUAGAAACGUCCAUGCUCAUCACACAGGCUAUAGAUAAAGCAUGAAGUCAUAACUCUUCUACUGUUUUAGCUGCCUUCCUCCCAAAGCUCCAUUUAGGUAUACCUAUGUUUGCUCUCCAUCUUGCAACAAAUCAACUGAUCAUUCUGCCCACCUCUUGAUUGACAGGUGCCAGUUUUUGUUUGAUAAAAUAGUCCUCAGGUCUUAAGGCAUGUGGUAUUAGAUUAUGGGUUUAGAUUGUUAUUCCAAUUAUGAGAUUCCCACUAUUACAAGGAGGGUACACAUCCUUUGUAUAUCCUGGGGGUUAUGGCAAAUUCCCGAAUCCAGAUCAAACCUUGUAAUCCCUUACAAUGGUCCGUAGAAAUAUUCCAUGGGUGACAGAACUACCUUUUACAAUAUUUGUGGCCUUCAACUUCCCACUGACAGGAUCUUGGGAUAUUUUCCUUUCCCUAUGUUUACAUUCAUAAUUAUCUAUAAGAUUUUCAUAGUAGACAUAAACACGUUGGAGAGUAUAUAAUGUUAUGCACCUGUUGGAGCUACCUUGUCAAUGGGGCAUUUUUGAACGUCAAUCAUGCUAAUUUCCCAGAUGCUCUCUUGAUUUAAAGAGCAACUGAUAAACAAUUUCCUCAACCUCAUAAUUUAGAUUAAUGUGCUAGAGCCAUAGUGUCUUGUGUGUUGAUAAACCUUAAGUCAAUAUCGCUUUGGAAAUGGUAAGCUUAUGUAUGUUUUUGCAAGACUGUUUUAAUUCUUCAGUUCAAAAAUGUUACUUGAAUUUCUGGUAUAGUGAACGUGUCGACUGGAUGGAAAUGUUAUGAUCAACAUUAGCUAAAGGAAAACACUACUUACUAAAAUGUUGGCAUUCAAUGUCUCAGAAUCAUGUGAAAUAGAUGAGGUGCGUAGCCUUUCUUACCACUUUGGAUGUGUGUGUGUGCGUGUGUGUGUGAAGACCAGGUGUAUUACUUGCAAGCAUGCAAGUACAACAGUUAAUGCAGGAGCAAAAAGGUUUUCUAUUUGAGAAAAGUCCACAAAUCCCAGAGUAGGUCACCUGCCUGUGUGUUGUAUUAAGGCAUUUCUCCAGAAGCACUAGUCCUGUCUGUCUACCUUCUACCUAUAAAAAAGGGAAGUGUAGUCAGUCCCUUCAUGCAGGUAACUACGCCAUGCUUGGUGGAUUUCCUGUCUCCCUAAGUCUACCUUGACUGGAACCUCGUUGUUCGUCCCAUUUGCUUUCUCUUCCUUUAGCUCUUGAAAAUAGCCUUACAUUUUACUUGCCCUCUGUAUACCUGAUAUGUUGAUUUACUCUACGCUGAACUUGAAAUCAAGUGUGGUGCAGAGCUUGAUAUGGAAAGUAGUCAUAAUAUUAGUGAUUGUUAAUGCAAAUGUCUUUAUUUUAAGUCACUGUUGAUUUGCAACUUAAAACUAGCGUUUUUAAAGGGUUAAAUAUGAAUAGUAUUUAGCAGAGUUUUAUAGAUGUGUAGCACUGAGCUGUAAUACUGGUCCCCAGACUACCUUUCUUCAGCUGUUUUACUUGACAUAUAGCCAGAUUUUAGUUCCUUAAUUUAUUUUCUGGACCACUGCAUCCUGAAGCCAUAUGUUUUAUUUCCUCAUAGGUGCCAUACAUAAAGCAUAUCAGACACAAGGACAAUGCAAUCUGAGGUCUCAAAACUGGCUGCACUCAGCAAGAAAUGCAAAUUGAAUGGCUUGCAACUCUAACCUUAUGGGUUGGGCUGUCUUCCUUGAUGGCCAUAGAUGUUGUGACUUUCUUGUUGUCUUUGAUGUGCCUGGCCCCUUGAAGCUGCUAUUGAAUUCCAGUCUAAACACACUAGUGUGAUUUGUGUGUGUUUAGUAAUGAUGUGUGAGUUGUACUAGUGGAAUAAAAGUUCCUGUUGAUGA